AUGCCCAGUCCUCUGGAGUAGGCGCUGGCUGUGAUGGUCACCACCUUCCACAAGUACUCUGGCCAAGGGGGUGACAAGUUCAAGCUGAGUAAGGGGGAGAUGAAGAAACUUCUGCACAAGGAGCUGCCCAGCUUUGUGGGGAAGAAGGUGGAUGAGGAGGACCUGAAGAGGAUGAUGGGUGAUCUGGAUAAGAACAGAGACCAGGAGGUGGACUUCCAGGAGUACGCUCUCUCCCUCGCCCUCGACACUAUCAUGUGCAACGACUUCUUCCAGGGCUCCCCAGCACAGUCCUGA